CUGCUGCUUAGAAAGUGAAUUCUUUACAAGCGACCCGUAUGCAUGUGAACCUACUGAUCUCCCAAAGUAUCCACCGAGUAAAGAAAUGGAUGCAAAGCGACGAGAUGAAGAAACUCGGAGACAAAGAGCUGCUAGUAAAGCCCAAGGAGAUGGUGCAAGGAAGAAUAGGCACAGAGAGCGUUCAAAUAGAGCACUUCCAGCUCCAGAAGCUAAUGCAGAACUUCAGUCAAAUGUCGAUAGGAGGAGAUUAAUCACACACGCAAACGCAAAAAGCAAGAGCGAGAAGUUUCCGCCACCACACCAGGACGGUGGAGCAAUGGGGGUACCAUUGGGAGCCUCGCAGCACAUAGACCCGACGUUCGUCCCACCAGACAUGGCGUCAUCCUUCACUUCCACUUCUUUCAAUUUUUCGAAAGAUGAACCGCCAACACAAGUUCAGACCUGGUCAGGUCCUCUGGGUCAUCCCAUCACAGGCAUUUCAAGAAGGAAGAAAGAUAGUACCAAAAGCAGCAAAGGGAAGAGAGCAGUGGUGGCUUGAGCCAGAAAAAUAUAAUUGCAAAUGCUCUCUUUCAUCCAUUUAUAACAAUGUAAGUGGUAACUUUAUUAUUCUUUGUUGCUUCUUGAAAAGAAAGUGUUUUAUUCUUUUCAAAUUUGCGUAGACUUGUCAUGUGUUUAUAAUUAUUAUGACGUUAUAUUAUGUAAUAUACACUACCUUUUUGUUGCUAUUAUAUUAA